AUCAAUGAAAACGAAAUGAAUACAAAUACAACCCAUAUUGGGACUUAACUGUUAACUCAAUAGUGCAGGGGUUAGUGCAAACGAUUUUUUUCUAUAAAUAGACCUGGCUAGUGCAUCGUAAAUAACGAAGUCACCACGCCUAGAUUUCAGCAAUAAAGUCUAAGUCUAACUAAGCUCUAACUCUAAGUCUAAUCUAAAUAAUUUAAUAAUAGUAGUCUCUAAGUAGUAGUAAUAGUCUAACGGACUUAAACGAUAACAAUAACUACUACUACUAGUAGUCUACUGCUGCUUAAACUUUUAGCAAAGAAUAAUUGAAUAAUAAAGGUAAAAACUUCAGAUUCUACAUCAAAAGUCAAAAUGGCAGAUAAACAGUACAAUCUGAAAUUUGGUGGCACUAGCGGAGCUUCUGUUGAUGCAUAUUUAGAAUACAGACGGUAAGAACAAAUUUAAUAAUUUAUUAGGCCUCACAUAUUAUAUGCCCAUACUAUAUGACAAUAAUAUAAAAUGCAUAUUUCAUUAUUUGCUUUAUUUUUUCAUAGAUAAUAUAUAUUAUAUAUUUGUUCCUAUGCCUACUGAAUGACAUUGUUAUAUUAAUUUUAAUAAGUGUAGUGUGUAGGUCUGCUACUUAACCCACGAACUGUGGCAUAGAUCAUUCUGGGAGCUUUUCAGAGCUUUUUGAGUGCCUUUUGAAAUAGCAUUAAAUGACAUAGAAAUAUUGAUACAAGACCCCAAAGUCCAAAGGGGCCUUCAACAAAAGUGGCAGUGGAGAUGUUUAAACAAGGGGGAAAGGGGGUAGAUUAGUAGACGUCAAGAAUCAUGUUUUCUAUAUUAAAAUUUUAAUCUUAAAAAUUGAGUGGUUAUUACAUUAUUUUAAACAAUUUAAUGACUGUAAAUAGUCAUAUAAUUUUUAGGUGUCUCGUGCAGUUAAGAUAAAUGAUAUUGUUAGAGUAAAAAUAUGAUAUUUUGAGAACAAGGGAAAAGUAAAGUGAGUAACAAUAAUAACAUUGCUGCUUUAACAUAUUUGCAAAAUCUGUAACAUCUAUUUUGCAUUACAAGUCAUGUUGAAAAAGCAUGUUCAACAGCACUGACAAUGCCCUCUUCAGCAUAAAAUAUUACUACUCUGCUACUCAACAAAAAAGGAUUUGACCAAUACGAGUAGCUGCAAGGAGACAAAGAGAGCUUAUGGCAAUUUUUGUUCACACAGACAAUGCUUCUAUUUUAAGUGCUGAAUGAUUAGAUGAGGAAGAUGUUGACUUGUCUGUUAUAUCAGUUCCGCAAGAUGAAAAUGAUCAAUAAGGUAUUAUAGACUAUGCCCAUUAGGGGCGUCAUUUCAUGGCUUUUUUUUGGGGGGGGGGGGGGGGCAAAACCAAAACUUGGUCGGCUUGUUAAGUUGUUUAUUACUGGAGGCGCCAAAGUACAUAGCAAUUUAAACAAAACCUGCAAAUUUAAGGUGGGAGGCCAAAUGCCCCCUUGCCCUACCCAAAGGAUGUCCCUGAUGCCCAUUGUUAUGAUAGAGCAACACCUGGCUACUCCAUGGGAAGAUGAUAGCAGCUACAAAUUAUACUAUAAUUGCCAGCUUUACUGACAAUAAUCACAUUUAUACCACAAACAAUGAUAUUUAGUCUCUAACAACCUUUUCAUUGAUUCUGCAUUAUACAAUUUAAGUGUAAAACCUUUUUAACUUGUUGAUUAACAAGCCAAACAUGUAAUAAAAUGUUUUUCCUACAAUUUUGUGUCAUUAAAAUAGAUCAGCAUAAAGUAAAAUGUAUUUAUUAAUUUAUUUAUAUUAUAAUUUUUAAAAAAAUUUUUUUUUGGCGUGGAGGUUUAUAAAAUGUUGACAUAAUUAAAUAGGGGGUUCUCACUGAAAGUUUGACAGUUGUUGACAAAGGGAAGGGAGGGGAUCAAAAAUUGUGUAAAAAUUGUUGACGUAAUUAAUGGACGACCCGAAUAAGUAUAUAUUUUUAGAAAGGUAAAUGGAUAGGGAUAAAGUUGGCUAGGUUAAUGCAACAAAUGGAUGCCAUGACGCCAUUUGCAUGUUUAUUAAAGUUUCAGUGAAUUAGGGUUCAGGUUAGGUUUAGGGAUACAUUUAGUUAGGUUUGGUGACAGAAUUAACUGGUUGUGUCAACAAAGAUGGCAGCCAUGGGGAAAAAAAUGGCAUCCAUUCUUUGCAUUUACCGCUGUCUAUAUUGCCCACCCUGUUAAAAAAUUUUGUUCAGUGUCCUUGACCUUGGAGUGCUCAAGGAAAAAAAAGUGACAAAAUGUCUUGCUUUCAAGUAUACAUAUUAUCAUUAAUUUUUAUAGAUUCCAUUAAAACGCAAUAUUUUUUUUCUGUCAGCCAAUUCAUUUAUCUUUCAGAAAAUGUAUAGUAUGCCAAGGUUUCGAUUACAAUUAAGCCUCUGAAAGCAAUUUUAGUAAUUUUAGAUCAUUUAUUACUGAAACAAAUAAGAAACUGGGACCACAGCUAAAACCAAGUACAACAUAAAAAAAUCUCGGACAAAAAAGUUAUUAUUGACAAGUAAACAUUUAAAAAGGAACUGUGGAACUAAUUUGGGUUGUCUAACUAUAAUAUUUAUUAGUUCUGAUCUAUAAUAUGUAGCUUCUGUGACUAAAAUUCAGUUAGUCCUUGCCCAACCUCCAGGGCCUGGCUCAAAGUCUAACAGCAGGCUUACUUCAGUAUUACUAGGCACUAGGACUAGUAUCGGAUUCACUAGAAGUUAGAAGAAUCCAAAAUGAGAUCGUCAUGGUGAAUGUUAAAAUCAUUAGCAGUAUCACUUAAAUUCUCUCCUAAAAAGCUUUCAAAAAUAUUUCUAUUAGUUCUCGUACUAAAGGCCCAGUCAUAGCUUCAUCCAUUUUAGCUUUAAAAAAAAACAUCAACAUAAAACUCUGAUUAAAAGGUACUUAUUGAUUAAGUUAUCAACAAACAGCUUAACCCGGAAGAUGAUUUAAUUACCGGUAUUAAUAAAAGGAAGGGGUUAUAAUUUCAGUGCUUUUUAUAGGCCAAUUUUUCGGCCAUCACAGUACAGAACAAAAAUAUUGGCCAUUUUUUACGGCAGACUACAGUUCGUGGGUUAAAGUUAAUGUACUAAAAGAAUUGUGAAUAGUACAUACUUAACUUAUUGUUUGACCCUCGAAUGCAAAGGUCACCAAGGCUUCGACUUGAGUAGUAGCCUUGACUUGAGAUGUAUUUUGUUUAAAGUGAGGGAGAGUUGCUCAAUUCGUCAGCCUCACUAUUUUAUCCUUGCCAUUUUGUUCAAUGGCAAGACUUAGUCCAGACGAUUGGAAAUAGACCAGGAUGCAGCAGAUGCCCAGCAGUGCUUCUUGUGUCUCACUGUGCUCUUUAUGUGUUCCACAUCACAAGAGUUGUUGGAAUUUUCAAUGUGUCAAAUGUCAUACUGCCUACUGCAGUGCAGUGGCAUAGCUAGGGUUGGUGUCACCCGGUGCGGUAACUUGUGGUGUCCCCCCCCCCCAAACUUCCAUGAUGGAUUUCUUCUUCUUGUUAAAAUAAGUCCAGAGUAUAACAAUGACAAGAACAAAAACACAUAAAUCGAAGGUCAUGAGGUCAAUGCAUUUAAAAACUGUAGCAAACCCCCAAACUUCCAUGAUGGAUUUCUUCUUCUUGUUAAAAUAAGUCCAUAGUAUAACAAUGACAAGAACAAAAACACAUAAAUCGAAGGUCAUGAGGUCAAUGCAUUUAAAAACUGUAGCAACAUUAAGUUAUAGUUAUUUUUACAUAAAAUUCACUUUAUUGAAAAUUUUCCUUUCCUUGUCUUCAAAGAUGCAAAUCUGUCUUAAUCACUUGUUCAAAAUCCAUAUCCUUAACUGUAUCACUUCCAAUUGAUAGCAGAGCCACAUCAGAAAGCCUAGACUGUCCCAUGGUGGAUCAUACAUUUUUCUUGAUAAGCCUUAGUUUUGAAAAGUUCCGCUCACAUGAAGCCACAUACACACAUAUCAUAAGAAACAAUUGAAGGCUUAGCGAGAGUACUGGAAGAGAUUCUAGGAAGUCUCAUUCACCUAUGAACUUAAAAACAUCAAAUCCUGACCAGUCCAUGACUUUGUGAAAUUCAAUAUCAGCUGCCUUUAGGUGUUUUCUAAGCCUUAAUAUUUCUUUUAAAAGCUCAUCUUCUGAUAAUUCAAUAUUAUUAUAGAAAGAGGUUAAUUUUGGAACGGACAUCAAUAACUCUUCUUCACUAGCAAAUAGUAGAAUCUUCGGUUGAACAGCCCCAAACAUAUCUGCUGCUUUCUUGAUAGUAGAUGAUCUGAUGGGGGGUCAGAAUAAAAGCUAUCAAUACACUCCAGCAUUUCCAUACUGUUUUCUUCAGGCAGAGAGAGUCCAGCAUCUAUUAACUGUUCUCCUGCCAUUCUCUCCUUAAACCUUAAUCUUUUUUCUACAAAAAUUCCAUAUUUGUCUUAUUUUAAAAGUGCCUUUUCAAUAGCAUGUUCCACCAAGUUACAGCACUUCUUGUUGAGAAAAAAUCUUGAGGCCUCUAGGUUGGUCACCACUUUGUCUAGGGUAAAACCUUUGGUCUGCAAAUACUGCUGUAUAAGAUUUACUUCCUCAAGUAGAUGACACCAAAAUGAAAUGUAGAAGAUAAACAACGUGAAAUCACAGACAGCAUGUAAAAGACCUUGUGCUGUAUGUCAAUAGUGCUUAAAUGUUAAGGGGCGGUGCUAGUGGCGAAUUGGCGAAAUAUUUAUUUUUGAUUAUUUCUUGGUGUUAAUAUAUUUUGAUACAAAAGCCUUUUUUUUACAUUUAAAUAAAAGAAAUGAGAAAAUUUUGUAAAAUAUUAUUUUGUUAACUCUAUAAAUGGGUAAAAUGUAAUUUUUGAAAGUGUUUAAUUGUUACCGAUUCGAUUCAUGUACUGAGAAUUACUCGACCACAUCGUAUUGGGUAUCAAUGGAAAGCUUUAUUUCUCAGAAUUUAGAUAAAAUAGCUUCCUGUCACUCACGAAAGUUACCGAACACUUCAAUCCUAGUGAAAACGGUGUUUGUCUGACCUAACUAUAGAGUCAUCCCAUUUAUGAGGCAUCAACCUUGAACUUUUACUUUAGCAUGCAUGUGGAUUGCUUACGUGUGUGGAAAAUUUACAUGUUAUUAGUUAUCCUUUUAUGAAAUUCAAUUAGACCGAGCAGGUUUUUUUCCUCUGUAAAUGUGCAAUUUUUCAAUUGGGUGUCACCCCUAAAAUGGUGUCACCCGGUGCGGUCCGCACCCCCCUCGCUACUCCACUGGCCUACUGGACUCCAUCUCCGGGUUUGAUGUCAGUCUGUCUACUCUUAGAUAAGUUGCCAUCAAAGGUUAACGAGUUCCAUCCACCCGGGGGCCGGUGUUGUUUUAGCUUGUGUAGGCCUUUGCUGGGGAUUGAACUUCAGUCGACAAGCUUGAGAGUGACUCAGUUUAGAACACACUACAUCAAUCAUGGCCUAUGUUACAUAUGAUAAUGAGUAAUAAUAAUAAGGUUACAUACAAGGCUGCCAAUUUAAAAUAGCUGAAAUUAAAAUUUAAAACUUUCAUGAGCCUAACAGGUAACCUGUUGAUACACAUGCAGUAGUGCUCUUGGUUCUUAGUUUUGAACUAAUUUGUGUUGAAAAAUAAAUAAAAUUAGCAUGCAAUUAAAUGCUAGUCCCUUUGGCACAACACAAAAAAGCAAUCUUCUCUACCUUAGCCUUAAGAGUAACGAACAUGAAAUCAUAGAAAGCUCAUUAGUUUCAUUAAGCAGUCUCAUUACUUUUUAAAAGUUAUAGAUAACUUUUCUCUAGUCAAGCCUGAGGCUAAUAUCAAAAGUUUAAGAUUCAAUAUUUUAAUGUUUGCAAUUUGAAUGGGCCUAUAGAGUAGAACAUGAUAUAUUUUUCAGAGACUGGGUCAAAACUUUUGUAAAAUAACAUCAAUAUUUUUGUGUAUAAAUAUCAAAUUGAAUUAUUUUCAAAGCAUUGUGGGAGAUGAUGAUGGAGGACAAAUGUUCACACCAGAGGAAUAUGAGGCAUAUAAAAGGAAAGUUAUACCACAGGUAAACAUUUCUUCAUUGUUCUUAACAAUAAGGAAGUCAAUACCAGCCGUCCAUAGAGAGUAUGGUCAAAAUAUAUCAAAUUUUUGCUCUUUAUUGAUUUGGUACAAAUACCUUUAGUUAUUAAUUCUGAAUAAUCAAAUAUAUUUAUCAUUUUGUUUUUGAAGGUUUUAACACAUUGAUCUUAAAACAUUAAACUACAAAUUGAAUAUUACAAAUUUUUGCUUUGUGAUGCUGAAUAAAUUUUUCAUUUUAUCUCUUCAACAUUCAUACAUGAACAUAAAAGAAAGUUGUACAUAAGAAAUGUAACAGCAUUGUGUAUUUUUGUAGGUGAAUGUUACUAUUACAGUCGCACAAUCACAAAGUCAAAAAAAACAAAAAAACAGCUAAUCUUGUUUAAAUACUAAACCAGCAGUUCCAAGCCAUAGAACUUUCAGGGGACCACAUCUGAGUUGAAGGCCACCAUCAGAUUUUAACAGCUUAGUGACUUUAAACUAAAUUAAAUUAUGACCAAUGAAGGAAUAGAUAUUCAGUAAUAGUGACAGCAACAGAACAAGGAUAAGGUAUAAAUAAGUAAAUAAAAGCUACAUUUUUUUUCGUACAAUUUAGUAGUCACAAUGAAAGUACAAAUCCAUUCAUUGAAACACUUGUUCUUGCAUUUCAUAUUAAAGUUUUUAACAUUACAUUAUUGGCCUCACAGAUGUUGUCAAUUAUAAUUUCUUUCCCAAAUGGCUGCUUUGAUUACACAAACUUUAUAUAUUAUAUCAUCUACUUUUCAUUGCCUGUAAACGAGGAUCUGAGGAAAAUUUCAAAUGUAAUGUGUGGUCCUUGUUCAUCCAUGUUUUCUUUUCUUUUUCUUUUGAGGUCUCAACAAAUUAAAAUCGAAUUUGUUAAUGAAUAAAUGGCAUUUAUAGCUUAUGCCCAGCAAAAUAUCUUAAUGCACUGUUUAGAUUUUUUAAUGAAAAUAUAACAGGUUAAAAACAAUUCUCCACAGCUUUCAAGUCAAAUCAGUUUGUUUGUUAAGGGUGUGCAGUGUGGAGUCACAGUUAUUUCAUAAUCAUGAAAUGUUUUUCUCUUUCAUUAAAGCGCAUCAAAAAUCGCCUUUACACAUGCUACACCAGUCCUUCUGGCAUGGACUGUAAGCUUAUUGGGCCUGAAACACCUUGUUUUUGCACACACAGGUACAUUGGUUUCUGUCUUAAUAAUUCAUUUAUUGUAAUUGCUAUUUGGAAAAUAAUCAAAAUGUUACUUUUUAAGCAAGCAACAAGUCUCUGUAAAUGUGUUAGUCUAGUUAGAUUAUACAAACUUUGCAGGAGACACUAAGAACUUAAUUUUAAAAUGAACUUUGAAAACAUUUAGUUAAAUCAUGUCUCAGAAAAUUUAUUUUCAGUAAUGCAAGUUUUAAAAUAUUUUUUACAUGACUUGGAACUUAGUCAAUUUGAAAAAAAAAAUUAUUUUGAAAAAAUUUAACAACAUGUUUAGAAGGAACAGUGAAGUAUUGCAACUUUUAACUUUUCUUUUUUCUCAUAUUCUUUGAUGAAAAGUUAUAAACAGAGAAAAUACAUUAGUUUGAUAAUUUGUUUUUUUUCCUCUCUAGGUACAAGCAGCACAAGACUGAUUUUGAAGAGAUUCCAAAAGAGAGACCAAUCCAUCUGCCUUGUCGAGUAUCUGGCUGCCCCUGUGCAUCAUAUCACUAUGUUCCAACCAAUGGGAGCCAGUGCAUUCGUUGUGUGUGCAAACACUUGGCGGAUGAACACAAUCCUAAGGCUCCAUUUGUUUGUCGUAGAGGUAGGAGAAGUUAAGUUGAAAGCAGGAGAUAUUUCUUGUGAUUUCCAUGUUGUUGGCUGGGGAAGAUAAUCAUGUUUUGUUCAGUUGAAAUCAACAGUUAGAUUCAACAGUAAAAAGAAAGCAUUCGAACAAGACAUACUAAAAUCUGAAUGAUAAAAGCAUUUCAGAAUAAUGUUUUUCCUCUACAUGAAUACAUUAUUUAUAAUGAAGUUUCAAUAUUACUUGUAGAAAUGUUACUUUUCCCAUCACAGGGGGCUGCACCAAGUGCACUGGUUUCAAAAGUUCCUUUACCUGCUCGUGUGGGAGUACACACAAUGACCAUCGCAUGAUUGUGGAAACAGCCCAGGAGAGGGAGGCACGCGGACAUCCAUUGGGAGAUGCUGUCCCUUUUCAAGCCAUGGGAGGCAUCACUGGAUUCUCUUCCCUUGCCGAGGGCUAUUUAAGACUUGACCCCAGUGGCCGAGGUAAAUGGGUCCAGUAAUAGUAACAUUCAUUUAGAAAAAAUGAAAGGACUCGUAAUAAAUAUAUUUUUGCAAUGCCAUUCAUUCUCAUUAUUUAGCCAAAAUGAAAAUGUCAAGGAUAUAGGAGAGGGGAUGAGAUGGGGAAUGUUGUUUAUUCAAUAACAUCCCCCUUCCUCGUGUUAUAUUUCAUAGACAUACACAGUGACAGAGUCAAAUUUUGUACAAAGUAUUCAAUUUUUUUCUUUUAGUACAUCUGUCAUCAUGUGCUGUUAUGCAGUUCGGAAAAUCAUGUUUAUUUUUCAAAUGUGAGAUACAAACUGGGGCCCGAGAAACUCACUACUUACUUGGGAUAUAAGAUGUGGCCUGAGAAGCUCUCUUAUACUCAAGUGAGAUAUAAUAUUUUCCUUGAGAACCUCUUUUAUACUCAAGUGAGAGAUAAGACUUUGCCUGAUAAUCUGUCUUAAACUCACACAUUACCAUACACUUGUUAUAGUGAAGGGGUGUCUUCUCCAGAAAUCUUGAGCAAGGAUUGUUAGAAAACUGGUCAUUAUUCUUGCUUGUUAAACUUUCUUAUAGAGUUUGUUAUCAAGUGAAAUUGUAUUGUGAAUUCAGAAAUAGAUAUUGACAUAUUUUCACUAUAAACCUGUUCUUAAGCCAACUUUAAAAAAAAAAUAUUUCAGAAGAACAAGUGGGGUGGUCAACUUAUAGGUUAUUUUUAUAAUUUUCUACAGGUAAAUUGAAAAUCGAAUAGUUCUUUAGAUUGAUGAGGUUAUAGUCACCUGUGCAUUCUACAUUAUUCAAAUACAUUACCAGAAGAUUUAAAUAUUUAUAAAAACCUACAUUUAACUUAAUUAUUUAUUGAUUUUCUUCUUUAAAUAAAAGAAAGUUUUGACAUGUUGUACAAAUGUUAUUGACAAUUUUUAACUCAUGCGGUUCCAAUAUUGUUUAACACAUUACAUAAAAAAGAUAUUGGAAGGAGAUGGUGCCACUAUUCAGUUGUUUUUAACAUCAGCAUAAUCUCACUCUCGAUAUCCUUUGGUACUCGAUUGCAUGCACUGACAUAUUAUUUUAUGGGGUUGCCUUAUUAGCGGGAUAUACUUUUUUCAGGCUUUUGCCACUGUCAGGUAUUAUUUAUUUGUGCUUGGGCUGUCAAACAUCUGUGGUUUGCAGUAUUUCAAAGCUAUUAGAUGUCUGGUUGUUGCUGAAGUGCUUGAGUGACGGAUGCAGCAUGGUUGGGUUGGCGAAUAUCAAGUAAAACUCCAACGCCAAGUUAACAAGCUUGAAGAGUUCAUUUUCACUUGUACAUCAGUUCACAAUAGUAUAAACUAGGAUUGACUAUAAAUUAACACAUCAGGUCACAAUAAUAGACUAGACUUGACUAUACAUGAAUAACGAGAGUUUUCUCAGCUGACUAAUACCUUCUAAAAAGGACUUUCACUCUAUUCAAAUACUCUACGAGGUCCAGUAAUCUCAAGCCCUCCACAUAUCUCUAAUAGCUCCCUCUCAAUUUUUCUGUAAGUCACAGUAUAUUAAUACCCACUCAUUUUUAGACACCCACACAGCAUUAAACCAAUGGACCCAAACGAAGUUGGACAUGGAAUUUUAAACAGCUCAAUUGAACUAUUUAUUAUGCAUUGCCUGACAUCUUUCGACCAAUGCACUCACAAUUUCUUUAUAAUUACAGCAGUUCACAGCUCACUUGACGUAUUAUUAAUAAAAAAAAUUAGCCAACCCAUUGACCUUGAUAUCAUUAAAGAGAGAUCACUACAAUAAAAAUUCACUCAUAAUUCCAUGACCUUGACAGCCAUCCAAAACAAGGGGGUUGGGUUAUGAAUAAACAGGCUUUAGAAUGAGCACCUAUGGUAAUUUUAUUGUGUCCCCCGACAAGGACUUGAAUUGUAGUUUGCAUUAACAAGUUUUUUUUUCUUGUUUGUCUUUAGGUGCUCCAUCAGAGGAGUUUCUGAACCAGCCAAUCACAGCUCUAGACAACCCUUUCCUCCGAGCUAAUGUUAACUCCAUCAAGGCACAUCAGCUUGCCAGAAAGGGAGGGAAUUGUGAGUUUUAAUUUUAGUGAAAUUAUUUGCCCAUUGUUGUAUUGGAGUUUUUUUUAUAAGAACUGUUUCCGUAUGCGUUAUAAGUGUAAGAUGUCUGAAAUUUUAUUUAAAAUCAGCUAAAAAUUUUAUGGAUAUGGGAUUCCUUGUGGUUUGGAAAGUCAUAGGCAUUGCCAAAUUUUCCUUAUAAUUACUUAUUAUUUUAGAUAAUUCUUUAAAUUAACUAAAAAUAAACUGCCUGAUUGAUAAGCUAGUUUUGCCCUGAGAGAAUGACAAACAAACAUGAUUUCCAUUGGUUUAAAAUUUCUUUUUUUAUGGAAGGUGAGGUAAAUUGAUGUGGAUGUUUCAUUUUGAGGUGCCUUACUUUUAUAUUGAGAGUUAAAUGUCUUAUAUUUAGGUAAAUGUCUUAUAUUGAGGUAAGUGUCUUAUAUAAUGAAGAAAAUUUCUUAUGUUGAGGAAAUGUCUUAUAUUGAGGUAAAAUGUCUUAAAUUUAGGUAAAUGUCUAAUUUUAUGUUCACCCAAUGCAGCCAAUGGCAGUGGUAAGUAGAGUGAAAGUAAUACAUUUUCUUGCAUGUCUUAACCCUUCAUGUUGUCUGCAUGCUUGUCUGCAUGUUAAUAGAUGUGAUGAAAUGAACCACUGGUUUUAAAAAAUCAAAGUUAAUUUUGUCAGAAGUAAUUUGAUCCACUUAAUCCCUGAAGUGACUUCUCCAUCUUUUUUACUGGAUUUUAAGUUGGCAACACAUGAAACCUCAUUUUUUUCUUUCUAGAUAUGUUCACAACAAUCUUUCCAGUUUCUUUUUAACUUAUACUAUUUCUAUAACUUUGGAAUGGUCAAAAUGUUACAUUUAAUUCUUGCUUAAAAUUAAAGUGUUUGGUCAAUUAAUGUGGAAUACAGUCCAGUGCUGUUCCUGAAGAUAAUAUGAGAAUGGAAUUUCUGAAAUUUGUUUUUGGAUGUAUUUCAUUAGGUCAUUCUGACUUUGCAUCCUUCAUAUAACUCUUAUCCUAUUUAAUAAUGUGACAACAUUGCUUGUUUUUAGUUCAGUAAAAAUCUGUUGACUUUUUAGGGGGUUCCUUGUGGAAGGCAUAAUUAGUCAAAUUAAAAUAUCAAUAUCAAGGAAACAUAUUUGAACUCUUGAUAAAACCUUAUGAAUCCAAGCAGACCCUUUACAUGUAGAAAAUAUAGACCUAAUUAAUGUGAAGUGUUAAAUCUACCAUUUGGCUGCUAUGUUCUUCUUAAUAUAGAAUGCACUUUGAAUAAUGAAAAGUCACAUUCAUAAAUCUAUUCUGCAUUUAUAUGACUUAUGUAGUUUAACUAAAAACGUCAAAGCUAUUAAUAUUUCAUCCUCAUGUUUUGAAGAAAUAUGGCACAUGAAUCCCAGCCACAAUGAUUUAUAUAGAGUUUAAAAAGUCAUUAGAGCCUGAUUGUAUGGUUUGUAAAAAGUAGAAAUCCCCUCAAGUAUAUGGUAGCCUUACAGAGUAAAUACCUGUCCUUUGUUUGAUUUUUUUCUAACAUUUUCAUUAUAGCUUUUAAAUAGUUUCACAAUAAGUUCUUAUGACAGAUUAGAGAUUGCUGUGGUGUGUUAGUCAUUUUUUUUCUGAGACAUUAACUUCUCUGCUGGAAAUUAUAGUUUUAUUUUAUCAAUUCAAAGUUAAUGACUUGUGUCCUGAAUGCAUCUAAAAUUUACUUUGAAAUUGUACAGCCCAAGUAUCGAUCCCUUAAUCAUACAGAUUUGUGGAUAUAUUACUUGAGUAGAUUUGACAACAUUUUUGAAAUUUUAGUGUUUAAUCUAUAAGUUUGAUACAUAAUUUUCAUGAAAAUUUAGAGUUACUAAAAAAUUGCAUUAUUUACUAUUGUAUUUUGACAGCUUUGACUGGGCCUGAAGAUCCUGUGUUUGAUGACAUCGAAGAGAGGAUUUCUGCUGUUAAGAAACCUGGAGAGUCUGAUAUGGAUUACUAUGAAAGGAGAUACCAGGAAAGGGUCAGUAGUAGCCUUCUUGGAAGUUUUAGGAAGAAACAAAUCUUUCAUUAAAAUUUUUGUAGACACCUUUUGGAAAGGAAAAAAAAAAGUUUUUAUGAAAUGCUUUAAAGUUUUGUUUUGUAGGGUGUUAUCCUUUUAAAUUUUUUAUUCUUGGUCUGUGUUAUUUAUAUCUGUUCAAAAUCAUGCAGCUUUAUCCAUAGAUCAUCAUUUGGUAAUAUUUAUGAUAAUGGAGUACUCUUAUUUUAAUAUAUCUGCACUGACAAAUAUUAGGCAUGUUAAAUAUUUCUGUCUCUUGGCUGCUCUCUUAUAUUUAACUAAAAUAUGUGAAUUACAUUUUGGUACUCAAUUGUAUUGGUUGACAGGAUUAAUUAGCAUACAUUUGGUUUUCAAAACAAUCAACAAAUGAAAUAGCCUAUACAUUGUGCACAAAUGGGACAUGUGGGUAUUUCAAUCGAUGCUAAUUAUUUAAAAAAAGAAGAAACAAACACAUAUGAAACAAAUACGCACAAAAAUAAAUAAAUACCAGAAUCUUAACUUGUUUGUACAUUAGGCCAGUCACCAUGUUGAAAUUACUUUAACUUAAUACAUUAUGUAACAAAGGAUUGCACCAGACAUGGCAAAAAAAAACACAUUAAAUUACACUGCCUCUUAUAUUAUUGAAGAUUAUGAAAAGUUGAAACCAAGACCUAAGGAAGCUUGAUGCUGAACAUUCAUUAUAUUUAUGUACCAAAAAAAAUAGCGUGUCCAAAAUGUCUGGAUAUUUGCCUAGUCUCUUGUGUCCAAUGACAGAAUGCCACUAUUAGAAAUUUUAUUUAAAAUUAUGCCGAAUCAAACCCUUUAGUGUUUUUUUUUUUCCUCAGAAAAAGCUUGAAGAACAAGCUAGAAGAAACCCCAUUCCCAGUCCUUACAAUCAACCGAGUGUGAAAAUGGGUGCCAGGAAAGCCAUUGAACCAUCCACUUCUAAAGCUAAACCUGGUGCUGUUGUAAAGCCACAGCCUGGCCCUUCCAAACGUUAAUCUUUAGAACAGCUGCCAAGUUUGUCACUGUUGACAUUAUUUCAGCAUCUCAAACAGGUUUUUGUUAUGAUUCUAGUACAUUUAUCUAAAAUUUGUGACUGAAAAAUUAUACAUUCCAUUAUUUAAUAUUUGGUUUGUAAUGUCAAUGUUUAGUAGCUUUAUACAUAGAGUCUAGUAAAUAUUGACAUUUUUUUUUUAAAAUCACCAAACUGUGUAACUGUGAUAUUUUGGCAGAAUUUGCCAGAGCAAAGUAAUUUGUACAAUAUUUAUUUUUGUGAUUUCCUAAAAAUACAGGGACAAAUUUGCUUUAAGUUGAAAUAAAAUGUGAAUAUUAAAUAUAUAUCUAUGAGUAUGGAUAAAUUAAAUAUUAUUUAGCUUAUAUAUUCUAUGCUCCUGCUGUUCAAUAUCUAAAGAAAAAAAUUAUCAGAUUUUUAAAGUGUUGCUUAUAAAGUAGGAAUGAAUUAGUGGCUAUCCAUAAAGUAUGUCAAAUUGUAACACUAUCCUGUCACAAAUCUCAGACCUGAACCACUCACUAAAGAGUGUCACUUUUUUUAACUAAUUAAAAUUUCAUCUAAAACACGCUUCACUAUCAAACUACCGCAUAUUAACUUUACCAAAGUAAAAUCUUCUGUUAGAAUACAUCCAUCACAACAGAAAUUGCAAACUCACUGUCUAUUUCAGAUUUUAUAUGAAUGAUAAAAAAUAAAAAUUUGUCACGUCACAUAAGAUCUUUACACACACCACCACCCCCCCUCCCCCCAACAGUGUCACAAACUGUCACGGUUUCUAGACCCCUACCUGAACAUAACAUACUUUAAGGAUGGCCCCUUAUAUCAAUAAUUUAUUUCAUUAAAUAAACUCAUGACUACUUCGAUUAAAUAAUUAACAUGGCAAUGAUUUUGAAUAUAACUCAGGAAUAAUUCUUUUUUUUUUAUCACUACAUUUUAAAAUUAUUUUUCCUUAUUCUAUAUAAAUGCUUUAGAUGUUUAGAGAUAUGAAAGGUCUUUACUCUUAUAUGACAGGUCUUUACUCUUAAAUGACUCUUGUUUCUUUGAUCAAAUUAUUUGACUCAGUGACCUCUAUUUUAAUUUUUCAGUUUUUAUUGUUUGUGUCUAACAACAAUUUGAAUUUGAUGUUUGUUUUAUUGGGGUGGGGAUGACUUUAACCUGUAAUUGUGCUAUGAUAACUAUUAAAAAAUGCUGAUAUACAUUUUUGGAGACUCAGGCCUUAUUAAACCAUUUUUGAAAUACAUUUAUAGUAAUACGGGUCUAGUUAACCUUUUCAUCCAAAAGACUUAUAAACCUUUUUAGGUGUGAACAGGUCUUAAAUAGGUCAUUAAAUAAAUACUGCAUUUCUUGGCCUGUAGCAGGAUUGUCAACUCAAUUAAAAUAAAAUUUUACUGACG